AUUUUUUGAAUUAUUUCACAAUUCAUUAUGUCUCCAAGUGAUUGUAUUUUCUGUGAUAUCUCAAGUGGCAAAAGCGACACGAUUCUGGAAGUGGAAACAGAUGAAUUUGCAAUAUUUAAGGACAUUCGACCGGCAUCCAAACAUCAUUAUCUUAUUGUGACCAAAGAACAUUACGAGAGUCUAAUGACUCUUGACAAAUCUCACGGAAAAAUGAUUUUACGUAUGGAGAAAGCGAUGAAAGAUUUCUUUAAGUCGAAAGGUAUAAGUUUAAAGGAAGCAGUUUUCGGAUUCCAUAUGCCGCCUUUCAUCUCAGUGAAACAUCUGCAUUUGCAUGGAGUCUCGCCAUACUCAAAGGUGAUUUUGAAUCAUUAUCGCUUUGAGCCAUCGGCACCUUGGUUCAAAAAUGCAAAGGAGGCUCAAGCUUAUUUAAUUGAAGGAAGAAAAGUCUUAGUAGCCCCAUAAAGAUAAACCAAAUUUUAAAAUGGUGCAACUAAAAGUACAAAGUUGUUAUUU